CAGAAGAAACUAUAUUUCUCCGAGAGGAUGCUCGAGAAGUUGAAGUCAUUCUAGCUAGCUUCGUGUCGCCAUGGUAGAUCAAAUAGACAGCCUCGAGGGCCCGAUGGCCUACUUAGUUUCAGGUUUUGUUCCCCCAUUUUUUUUCGUGGCACUUUUUCCGUCCGAGAGCACUGUGUUGAACCACCGGGAGGCGACAAAAACACAAGAUUUAACAUGAACUGUCGCCAUUCUACCUGUUACACCACUCAGUAAUGUAUCUUCUAAUAGCUUUUUAAUCAAUGUUUGAUUAUUACAUUUGCUGAUCUUCAUUUCUUAUAUUUCCACUGCUGUAUUCAAUAUUCGGUAGCAUCAGUGUUGGCAUACCGUAACAGCAGUUCGAUAGCGUUAUAUUACGAUUAUAUCGCGUUACAUGUUGAUAUGCAAGAAGCGAUAUGAUCAGAAUCAGAUGGGUAACGGAUAAAAUAACGCUGUUAGUACUUGAAUCAGUUGUGGGCCACUUGGAAAAAUUCUACUCUCCGGCUUUUUUAUCUUCGUCAAACCGUCGGUAUCCUCAUCCUGGUAGUUGUAGUUUUCUUCUGUUUCCCAUCACAUCUGUUCUAGUUGGACGUGAUACACUUGUUAGACUACAUUUCCCAGCAUACCCUGCGGUCGCGCCUCCUCCCUCCACUCUCUCCGCCUUCCCUCCCACUCCACUGGGCCGCGAGGAAGUCGCAAGAUGGCUGAUGUCGCUUGGAAGUAAUGUUCCCCUCUGCAACAUGAAGCCGUGAGUGUGGAAGAAAGCGAGGGAGGCACCAUCGGGCUUUUAUUUUUAUUUUAUUUUAGUUACUUUUCUUUUAUUUCGUCAAACAUCCAUCUCAUUCCGCGUCGUGUCCGCCCCGGACUUGUCUUCGGGAGUUGACGCGUCAAAUCACGCCGGGGACCCUGCCAGCAGCUAACAGCUAACCACACAGUUAGCAAAUGUUAGUACAGCUAGCCAGUCAGCCGGGGACGUAGCUUGUUAGUUUCUUUUAAUUGAUAUUCGGAAAACCCGCGAGCCAACGAGCUACCAGUACAAAUGUGCGGAAAUUUGCCUGAGAUAGUGCAGAAUAAAUGUCAAAUAUUUCAGCUGUCACACUAAAAAAUAACGAUUUUGCAAGCUGCUCGGUUCAACAUCAUGUCCGCGAACUGGCCAUCCAGCCUGUGGAUUGCUAACGUUAACUAAUGCGCAGUACUGCAUCUGUUUCAUGUGCACAAAUCAGCAGGAUAACUAUUGUAUUGGCAUUUUUCAUUCAAAUCCAACCACCUUGCUGCAUUUCCGUUAUUUGCUGCCAACUACCUGUUUGAAGCUGGUUAUGUUGAAGCCAAAUUAUGGGAGCAGGAAAUGUGUUCAACUUUUUCUGGCUGUAGGUAGCUACACUGGCCUUGCUGGCAUCUCACCAAAAAUCCACCGGGAUGGACACUAAACGGAGCACCCACGCACAAAACUGAGAAAUUGUCAUUUAUAUAUAUCACGGGAUAAGUAGAAUACCGAUUGCUGUCACACGUGUACACACGUGCACGGUGGCUCAUUUCAAUAGUCUGGGUGACAGAUAGUUUUGCAGGGUUCACUAAAGUACAGUUAGUCAUUACAUCGGAGACCAGUUAGCUCGCCUAAAGUGCAGAGCUAGCUCCGGUCUCGCCCCACAUCACAUUACAAACACGGCGUACAGAACGUAUUCAGAGCCCGCUCCCGGCCAGACACACAGGCUCAACAACACCGUCAUGGGAGUGCAGGGUUUUCAAGAGUAUUUAGAGAAGCGGUGUCCCGGGGCCGCGGUCCCGGUGGACCUCCUGAAGCUUGCCCGUACCGCGGCUCGCCAGCCCCCUCACCACCACCAUCCACACCACCACCACCCACAUCACCCCGGGCCCAUGCCUCCCCCGCCCCCGCCUGCCAGGAUCCUAAUCGACGCUGACUCCGGCCUGCAACGCCUCUACGGCGGCUACCAGACGGACUGGGUGUGCGGGGGCGAGUGGAACGCCAUGCUGGGCUACCUGGCCGCCCUGUCGCAGGCCUGCCUGUACCAGGGUGGCCUGGAGCUGGUCGUGGUUUUCAACGGCACACUGGGAAAGGAGCGCUGGCCCGAGUGGGCGCGGCGAGCUCAGGGCCAGCGACAGACGGCGCAGCUGAUAGUGAACCACGUCGGCAGCAAGGCCACCCCGCCUCCCCGGGCAUGGUUCCUGCCCCCGGCCUGCCUCAGCCACUGCGUCCGCCUCGCGAUGUUCCGCUUCCGAGUGCGGGUUGUACAGACUUUGGAGGACCACCACCAGGAAGUGCUGUCUCUCUACAGGGACUUUGGAUUCGCCGGCCUGAUUGCUCAGGAUUCUGAGUUUGCCCUGUGCAACGUACCCGCCUACUUCUCAUCGCACGCUCUCAAACUGAGCUGGAAUGGCAAGAACCUGACCACACACCAGUACCUGCUGUCUGAGGCCGCCAGGCAGCUCGGGCUGAAGACACAGCACCUGCCCUGCUUUGCUGCUCUGCUGGGAAAUCAUAUUCUGCCUGAUGAGGACCUGGCUGCCUUCCACUGGAGUCUGCUGGGACCAGAACACCCACUAGCUUCUCUCAAGGUGCGAGCUCACCAGUUGGUGCUGCCGCCCUGCGAGGUGGUGAUCAAGGCCGUCUCAGAGUAUGUUUCCUCCAUCAAAGACCUGGGAAACCUGGACGCCAUCGCCAGAGAUGUCUUCAAACAGUCACAGUCUCGUAUGGAGGACAAAGUGGAGCGAUUCAAGAAAGCUGUGGAGUAUUUCUCAGCUGCCUCCAAACCUCGCUCGCCCAACAUGGGGCCUUCCUCUUUCAUCUUACCUGGGUUUGGAUUUGGGGGACCACCUGGCCACAUGGGACCUAUGCAGCCUGGAAAGAAUCAGUUCCCUCCUCCCCAGAUGCCGGGGUUAAAGCCACCCUAUCAAAAUGCUCCAUAUGGACCUGGCUCCGCCCCUCUGUUCCUGAACCCGCCGCCACCAUCCCAAGACUGCAACGAUUCAAUGGCGGGCAAGAUGGGCUUCUCCGAUUGGUCGGCUCCAUAUGAUUCCACUCAGGGGGGAAAUCGAUUACCCAAUCAUCACACCACCACUCAGUCUGUUCCCUCUCCGUCUCCUUCAUCGUCAUCGGAUGGAGAUGAGCCCAACGACAGCAACACGAACCAUUUGACGGACAAGCCCUCUCGGUGGGAGGAUCCUGCUGGAAGGGUGGGCUCAGCCCCUGGAGACGGUUCACAAGGCAACGGGAGCGGAUCACACAUUCCGUCACUGCUGUCUAUGGCGACACGCAGUCACAUGGACAUAACCACACCCCCUCUGCCUCAGGUCAGUGCUGAGGUUCUUCGAGUAGCUGAGCACAGACACCGAAGAGGACUAAUGUACCCCCAGAUUUACCACAUUUUGACCAAGGGAGAGAUGAAGAUGCCAGUGUGUAUAGAGGAUGAGUGUAACGCUGAGCUACCUCCUGCCUCUCUGCUGUUCCGUGCUGGCAGACAGUAUGCCUACGGCGUCCUCUUCAGUCUGGCUGAAACUCACCGCCGCCUGGAGAGGCUCGCUCUCCGCAAGAGGGCUCCCCUGGAAGUUCCUCCAGUAAUAGUCAAAGAGUGGAGCAGCGGUAAAGCCAAGUCGGCCCUGACUCCGGAGCUGGUCCCGGCCCUGUGUUUCCGGGAGUGGACCUGCCCUAACCUGCGGCGGCUGUGGUUAGGUCGUGCCAGUGAGGACCGCUCCAGGAGAACCAGGGCUUUCCUGGCCUGCCUACGCUCUGACUGCCCAGCCCUCCUCAACCCAGCACAGGUCCCACAGCAUCUGCUGCUCAUGUGCUGUGUGCUCAGGUAUAUGAUGCAGUGGCCUGGAGGAAGGAUCCUCCAGAGACAUGAGCUAGAUGCCUUUCUGGCUCAGGCUGUUUCCAGCCAACUCUAUGAACCCGACCAGCUACAGGAGCUCAAGGUGGAGAAGGUGGAUUCCCGCGGCGUGCAGCUGGCGUCUCUUUUCAUGGCCGGCGUGGACACGGCGCUGUUCGUCAACGACGUGUGCGGUCAGCCGCUGCCAUGGGAACACUGCUGUCCCUGGGGCUUCUUUGACGGCAAACUGUUUCAGAGCAAACUGUCCCGGGCUGCUCGCGACCGGUCCGCCCUGCUAGACAUGUGCGAGGGUCAGGAAGAGCUGGUGUCCAAGGUGGAGAAGAUGCGUCAGGCAAUCCUCGAGGGCAUCAACCUGUCCCGCCCUCCUCCUCCCCCUCCUCUCCCACCUCCUGCCUUCCUUCCCCCUACUAUGGUGCCCCCUUUCUACCCCAUGCCUCCCCUCUACCCGCCUCGCCCCAUGGGCAUGCCUCAUCAUCAUCACCUGCAUCAUCCGCAUCACCCGGCCCAGCACAGACCCAGAGCCUUCCCAGGCCUUCAGUCCAUCCCCCCUCAGGGAGGGAAACUGGAGAUAGCUGGCAUGGUGGUUGGCCAGUGGGCUGGGAACAAGCCAAUCCGUGGAAGAGGAGGGUUCAACAUGCAGGUGGUGUCAGUGGGAGCAGGGAGAGGGAGGGGUAAAGAGAUUCCAGCUAAAGUAAGGGCGGUGAAAAAGCCACCUACCAACAGAACACAGACGUCGCCACCCCCCCCAUCCAGCAGUCCCCCAAAGCCCUCAGAGGAGGAGGAGGAGGCGGCCUCCACGCCAGAGGUUGCGACCCAGCAGCUGAACGGCAGCUCAGCAGCCUCCGCCAUCGGCCAGCCCUUGGAUGAUCUGGCCCACCUGGUCCAGCCAAUCCCCUGUGCCUUAGCCAGCAGAGACAACCAAUCAGACGGGGUGGAGGUGGAGGCCCCCUGUUGCCUUGACGACUGCCCGUCAGACGGAGCGCUACAGAAGGAGGAGUAAUGGGAUCCUUCACGGGAUGCACUGCUCUGAGAGAGUCCUCUGUGUUUGACUGCCUUUCCCUGUUUUUGUAGCCCUGCCUGCUAGCUGUGCACGUGAUCACAGGGAGCAGGAGGUGAAGCUCCGCCUCCUGCUCCCUGUGAUGAAACAGUUAGCUGUUACUUCCUUCUUAGUUUUCUCAUGUGGUUUUACAUUGUUUUAUGAAGAGAGGUUUUCUCCAUGACUCUGUAAUCGCCCCACCCCUCGAAAAAUCCUAAACGCCUCCCUCCCGCACUCAGAGUAAAAUAAACUUGAACC